AACAAUCAUCGUAUGACAAGUAUCAAAACACUUAACAAAAAUAAAUAAACAAUCCCAUUCUUCCAUAAUUUCAUCCGAAACGAUUUGGAAAGUUGGUAUUUUGAUAGCACCAAACAAGUAAGGAGAAGAACCCAUCGUCGUCAUCCAUCAAUGGCGAGCAGGAGAUGUUUGCAGCGUGCGCUGAGCACAACGAGCUUGAAGAACGGUAUGAUUUGGAGGAGCUUCGGUGCUGUCCCUCAAGCCACCACCCCUUCAUCUUCUCAGGAGCUCAUCAACUCGGAAUAUCAAUACAGCGCCCACAAUUACCACCCAAUUCCCGUUGUGUUCUCUCAAGGAAAGGGAUCAUGUAUACAGGACCCAGAGGGAAACAGAUAUCUGGACUUUCUUUCAGCUUACUCUGCUGUUAAUCAGGGACAUUGCCAUCCAAAAAUCAUGAAGGCAUUACAAGAACAGGCAGAAAGGCUAACUCUUAGUUCUCGGGCUUUCUACAAUGAUAGAUUUCCAAUAUUUGCCGAGUAUCUAACAAGCAUGUUUGGCUAUGACAUGGUGCUACCUAUGAACACUGGUGCUGAAGCUGUGGAAACAGCUUUAAAGGUGGCAAGGAAAUGGGGUCACGAGGAGAAAAAAAUUCCAAAAGAUGAGGCUAUUAUUGUCUCGUGUUGUGGCUGCUUCCAUGGUCGUACUUUGGCAGUCAUCUCCAUGAGCUGUGACAAUGAAGCUACCCGUGGUUUUGGACCCUUGUUGCCUGGACAUCUUAAAGUUGAUUUUGGUGAUGCAGCUGGCCUUGAAAAAGUUUUCAAAGAGAAUGGAGACCGCAUAGCCGGAUUUCUCUUUGAACCCAUUCAAGGAGAGGCUGGGGUUAUAAUUCCUCCAGUCGGUUAUUUGAAAACUGUUAGAGAUCUAUGCUCGAAAUAUAAUAUUUUGAUGAUCGCUGAUGAAAUACAAUCUGGUUUAGCACGGUCAGGGAAAAUGCUUGCUGUUGAUUGGGAAGAAGUUCGCCCAGAUGUAGUGAUACUAGGAAAAGCAUUAGGUGGUGGAGUGAUACCCGUAAGUGCGGUGCUUGCGGACAAAGACGUAAUGCUUUGUAUCCGACCCGGAGAGCAUGGAAGCACCUUUGGGGGUAAUCCGUUGGCCAGUGCAGUCGCUGUUGCCGCACUAGAUGUUAUCAGAGAUGAGAAGCUUGCUGAAAGAUCAGCCGAAAUGGGACAGGAGCUUAGGAAUCAGCUUGUCAAGAUUCAGCAGCAAUUCCCAAACUACAUAAAGGAAGUUCGAGGAAGAGGUUUGUUCAACGCUGUGGAGCUCAAUAGCAAGAAUCUGUCCCCUGUUUCUGCUUACGAUAUCUGCCUACAGUUGAAGGAGAGAGGAGUUCUUGCCAAGCCAACACACGAUACUAUUAUCCGAUUGACUCCUCCGCUCUCCAUAAGUUUGGAGGAAGUCCAAGAAGGAUCAAAAGCACUUUCUGAUGUUCUGGAACAUGAUCUACCAAAGAUGCAGAAGGAAAAGCCCGAGAACUCCUCGUCGACUGCUUCUAACAUAUGCGACCGUUGUGGGCGAAACCUGUAUGAUUCUACACACAACAAUCACUGAAUCAUAUGUCCUUGUGAGUCCUAAGAAUUUACCUUUUUCCUUUCAAACUACAUCCUUUCUCAAUAAAGUACCAUCUGUCCAAAUAUCUAGCCUGACUUGGAUGAUAAGUAACUUCAGUUUAUUUAGGUUUCGAUCACCAACAGUGUGUAUGGACAUGUACUGUCAAAGCUCUUGGAUUCUUUUUCUUUU